GAGCCUUCUGCCAGCGCCACACCGUUACAAACCCUGGGAGCCAGUAUACCGCCAAAAUCUGGUCGUCGUUUUUCCACUCGGGUGGCAAAGAUACUGAGGAACUGGUUCGCAGCCCACCAACAUCAUCCCUAUGCCACCACCGAAGAUCUCGAGAGGCUCCAGGGCCAGACGGGUCUUAGCCGGCAGCAAGUAACCAACUGGCUCGUAAAUGCUAGACGGCGCUCUAAGCCUCACUCUUCCCGGACACAAUCCUCCUAUAUCCGCGAUGCAACUCAACCAACAUCGACCGGACCUGGUACCAUCAAUAUCCCCCGAAGACCUCCGACACCAAUGCCUUGUGACCAAAUGAGCCCCCUUCAGCGCUGGCAAAACUCGCCCCCCGAAUGCGAACCUGCUACUGUCGCCAGCAUCUCUCGCGCCCAAGGCAUAUCUUGUAUCUACUGUGGACAAGCCGACCCGGACGAGUCGCACUUGAAUGCACAUAGUUAUGCUUCAUGCAUAGAACGCUCGCUUGAGGAGCGCACCUUCUAUCGAAAGGACCACCUACAACAACACUUAAAGUUGGUACAUGGUGCGAAGUAUAUGGAGUGGCCGAUGGACUCAUGGAAAACCGACAACACCGAGAUUAUAUCUCGAUGUGGCUUCUGCGGAGAGGGCCUAUCGUCCUGGGCCAUUCGAGUUGAUCAUCUCGCCGACCACUUUAAAAGUGGAAGCACAAUGGCAGAUUGGAAAGGCGAUUGGGGAUUUGACCAUGACGUGAAUGAAAUGAUCGAGAAUGCCAUACCACCUUACCUCAUUCAUUGCGAGCAAACCUCGCCACUUCCAUUCUCUGUCACCCAAGGACCGGCUGGCUCACCUACUAGUGCAUAUGAACUCAUCAAACUAGAGCUCGAAUAUUAUAUGUACGACUACCUAGACGCACAUGGCCGUUUGCCUUCGGAUGACGAACUCCAGUGCGAGGGAUGCACUAUUAUUCUUGGUGCAGAAGCCACUUCUGGCCAUCACGUCCCCCCGGCGCCGUCAUGGCUUCGAGACAUCUUCACCAGUUCAACCGAGACUGUUCAACAGGCCCGCUUACGCCCCAUCGAGCAGAUCAACAAGUCACGCAUGAGCCAACUGAAAAUCAAUGGCAAAAGCGACAUCUUUGAUGGUUGCGAGCUAGAGGCUCAACUAUGCCGACUGGUUGCGAUUCAUAACAUGAUAGGCCUUCCAAUGACAGACUAUGAAUUGCAGAAGCAGGCAGCCAGUCUUCUUGAUCGUAUGGAAUCUGGCUCGCACAACUCCUCGCAGCUUUUUACUGGAUUCUUGACGAGGCUUGUUUGGAUGUCCAACAAGUGGCUUACUCCCUUGCGUGAUCGAGGACGACAAUUGCCAGCCGAGAGCAUGACAAACAACGAUAGUACUCAGCCAAACUUGGCCACCGAUCAUUCACCCAACAGGCUGGUCAAUUCUGAGCUCAAUUCUGGACAUCCUCAGGGGGGUAUUAGUAAUCUGUUACAACUCUUGGAUCAUACCAGAAGCCCUGUUUCACCCACAACGGCGUCUGGUGUAUCUCCCUCGGUGCUGCUGAUCCGAAAACAAGGCCAUGGUAUUAUCAGCGCCUCAACUAUCCAUCAUGCGAGGCCGCCCUCUACAACCCAAAACCCUUUCCAGGGAACCGGCCCAUUCAACGGGGCACCCUUCAACAACGACAGUAACAGCUACAGGCGCCUUACGAGAGAUCUCUCCCGAUUUGUGAUGACCACCAUGUCGUCCAACAACCCCAGUAGUCACGUACCAACUGAUGAGGAGUUGAAAUAUCAGGCACGUUGGAUUUGGUAUGACGAUGAUGAUCCAUGGAACCAAACUCCUGCUGACAAUGACGAAUGGCUCCGUGACUUUAAGCGUGAUUGUGGCCUU